AUGCAAUCUAAGCCGAGAUUUCUUCUUAUGGAUAAAGAUGACCUUGUUUGGCAGAAACUAGACGAAGAGACUGAGGAAUGGGACAAGUUAAUUCGCAGAGAGGAGACCUACCGCGAUAUCGGCAACAUUAUUCUAAAAUAUCGGCAAGGCAAACCAGAAAUGAUGCACGCAGUGGUCAAGGGAGGAUAUAAUGUUAUUUACAGGCUCGAAUAUAGCGAUGGCUCGUCCGUUAUACUGAGGAUUCCAAUCAAAGGCGUCGUUCCACUUCCCGACGAGAAAGUCGGCUAUGAAGUAGCCACAAUGAAAUAUGUUGCCGCCCAUACCACCAUUCCGGUUCCUCACGUAUACCAUUACGCGAUGGCCGCCGAAAACCCGACAGGUCUUGGCCCGUUCAUCAUCAUGGACUACAUUGAGCAUCAUCAGAACAUGUCUAGGGUGCUUCUUGACCCAGAACGCAGAGCUGAUGAGCGCCCUAUUUUAAACCCUGCAAUCAGCGAGGAAUAUGUCGAGCAUUUGUAUGCUCAGAUGGCUAAUAUCCUACUACAACUAGCCAGUUUGAGAUUUCCUCGCAUUGGCUCGCUGGUGGACGAUGGCAAGGAGCCUAUUUCUGUGAAGGGACGCCCUUGGAUCGAAAAUAUGGGUGACAUUAUCGUGCACACUAAUGCGCCAUUAAGCACGCUGCCACCCCAGACCUAUGCCUCGGCAGACGAGUGGUACCACGCUCUUGCAGACAUGCACAUGGCCCAGUUCGCAUUCCAAGGUAACGAUGCCGUGGAGGAUGAGGAUGAUGCCCGGGAUAAAUAUAUCGCUCGCCAGCUGUUCCGGAACCUCUGCAUUCAACAGCGCUUGUGGCGAGACUCGGAACAAUUCGACGGAGAUUUCCGAUUGUACUCUGAGGACCUUCGUCCGGCGAAUGUCCUCCUAGAUAAGGAUAUGCGAGUCGUCGGCGUCAUAGACUGGGAGUUUGCGUAUGCAGCUCCCGUGCAGUUCAGCUUUGAUCCUCCGUGGUGGUUGCUUCUAGAGGAACCCGAAUAUUGGCCUGGUGGCUAUCGUGCAUGGAUGGAUGCCUACGAAUCUCGAUUUCAGACCUUUUUACGUGCAUUGGAGGCCGAGGAGGAGAAAAUGAAGCGCGCGGCACUUGCUGAACGGGGCAACAGCUUGCCACGGACCGAUGAAGAGGUGGAACCGCCGCUGUCUCGGCGUAUGCGUGAUAGCUGGGAGAAGCAGACGUGGAUGCUCAACUACGCGGCCAGGAAAAGCUGGGCGUUUGAUUUUAUCUGGUGGAAAUUCCUGGACGAGAAAUACUUUGGGUCCAACGAGCAUGAGGACCACGUAGCCAGGCUCAAGCUGCUUUCUGCCUCACAACAGAAGGUGAUGGAACGAUUCGUGGCCCGCAAGAUGGAAGAAAGAACCAGGCGAGAUAUUGUUGAGUGGGGUGAUGAAGAAUCCGCCAAAUAUCUGGCUGAAUUGCUCACUUGA